AUGCUCAAUCCUGAUAGCCAAUGCCCACUGACCGUUCAGUUGACAGCUGUGCCUCUUGUCACAAACUUAGCUUCUCGUUAUUCGGUUUUUCUCUUCGCCAAGGCCAUCGAAGUUUUGCCGACCGCUGGUCAGAACCUACCUCCAGAUGAGAUAGGAGACUCACCGCAGGUCUUGGAGAAAUCCAGAUCAGUCUGGGUGGAACAGGGCUUAGUUCGUGGGAAGAUCUACAACAUUGAUGGACGACAUAUUCAGAUAUUCCGAGGUAUUCCUUAUGCUGAACCUCCACUUGGAAAUCUUAGAUUUGCUAAGCCUGUAAAAAAAUCUCGAUGGCACCAGGAGCUAUCUGCCGUCGAAUACGGCCCUCCUUGUAUACAGUUCAUGGAUUUCCAUCGAUAUGAUAAGUUUUCUGCUGAAAAUAUGAAACGUCAAAGCGAGGAUUGUCUCUAUCUAAACGUCUUCAGUCCUUACGACAACGAAGAUGAAUCAAAGACUUUUCCGAUUAUCGUGUGGAUCCAUGGUGGUUCAUUCCUGGCCGGAUCUGCUGAUACUGGUAUCGAUAUGGAGGUAGGUGUUGAAAAAGGUUUUUUCGAGUGUACUACCCACUCUACUAAUAAGCUGUACUAA